ACCCUAGCCCUGUCCUCUCUUUCUCUCUCUAUACAACUCAGGAAAACUCAGAUUCACGCUCUCUCUCUCUCUCUCUCUCUUACCAGCCAAACGCCAAACAUUCAAAUUUCUUUUCCUUUUCUUAUUUCAAUUCCUUUAAAAUCCGUAUUUAUUGCUUUCCUGAGGGAGUGAAGCUAAUAAAAACAAACAAAGAUUUGGAAGGGAUAAACAAAGGAAUAUAUUGUAGAUAAGAUGCAAACCAACGGCUCUGAUUCGCAGCAGGGACAGGGGCAGGAGCAGAAUCAAAGGCAACAACAAGCGCAGCCGCAACAGCAGCAGUGGAUGGCGAUGCAGUACCCUGCUGCGGCGAUGGUAAUGCAGCAUCAGAUGAUGCCGCCUCAGCAUUACGCGCCGCCGCCACCUCCGCACUACUUGCCCUACCACCAGUACCAGCAUCAUCCGCCUUCUCUCCCGCACGUACAACACCCCCAGCAGCAUCAACAGCAUCAAGGAUCUAGCGGCGAAAAUAAGACCGUUUGGGUCGGCGAUUUGCAUCACUGGAUGGACGAGAAUUAUCUCCACUCCUGCUUUGUUUCCACUGGCGAGAUUGCCUCUAUUAAGGUUAUUCGAAAUAAACAGACUGGUUUAUCAGAGGGCUAUGGGUUUGUGGAAUUUUUUUCGCAUGCAACAGCUGAGAAAGUUCUACAAAACUAUGCUGGCAUUUUGAUGCCUAAUACAGAACAGCCUUUUCGUCUGAACUGGGCAACAUUUAGCACGGUUGACAAGCGCUCAGAUAAUGGCCCCGAUCUUUCUAUUUUUGUAGGAGAUCUUGCUGCAGAUGUUACCGAUAGCUUAUUGCAUGAAACUUUUGCUAGUAGAUAUACUUCAGUUAAAGCUGCCAAAGUUGUCUUUGAUGCUAAUACUGGUCGAUCAAAAGGUUAUGGUUUUGUGAGAUUUGGAGAUGAUAAUGAAAGAGCAAAGGCCAUGACUGAAAUGAAUGGUAUAUAUUGUUCGAGCAGGCCUAUGCGUAUUGGUGCUGCAACUCCCAGGAAAUCAACAGGAUAUCAGCAACAAUUUUCUUCACAAACUGGUGGAUUAAAUGGCACCUCAGGCCAAUCUGAUGGAGAUUCUUCAAACACAACAAUAUUUGUUGGUGGCCUUGACCCUAAUGUCACUGAUGAAGAUCUGAGGCAAGCUUUUGUGCAGUAUGGUGAAAUAGUCUCAGUUAAGAUACCAGUAGGAAAAGGAUGCGGCUUUGUACAAUUUGCCAACAAAAAUAAUGCUGAGGAGGCAUUGCAGAAGUUGAACGGGACUGUUAUUGGGAAGCAAACAGUUCGCCUUUCUUGGGGUCGGAAUCCAGCAAAUAAGCAGUUUAGGGGAGACUUUGGCAACCAGUGGACUGGGGCAUACUACGGGGGGCAGAUCUAUGAUGGUUAUGGCUAUGCUCUGGCGCCACCUCCUGACCCAACCAUGUAUGCUGCAGCUUAUGGGGCUUAUCCUGUGUAUGGUAGCCAUCAACAACAAGUAAGCUGAAUGAAUGUUCCGAAGUCGUAAGUCUAUGAUGGUUAUGGCUAUGCUCUGGCGCCACCUCCUGACCCAACCAUGUAUGCUGCAGCUUAUGGGGCUUAUCCUGUGUAUGGUAGCCAUCAACAACAAGUAAGCUGAAUGAAUGUUCCGAAGUCGUAAGUCUAGUAAUUAGACGAUAUAAUGCUAGAGGGAGCAAAUCGGCUCCAUUUCUUGGUUCUGUAGAAUUCUUAUAAAUCCCUCCAGCUGUGGAUGGAACUGAAUUUUGACGACCUGAGGUAGUUUUUAGGGAUUUGAUUGAUUAUUUGUUUAAUUUUACGUGAUUUGAGGAACCUUUAACUAUUGGAAUGCACGAUUUUGCUGGUAUCUCACUGUCUGUGGUGUGUGCUUCGCGAAUAAAAGAUGCUCGUUCUGUAGGAUUUUUGUGUUAAA